AUGGCGCCGGCGACGAUCCUGCAGCGACAAGAUAUGUCGCUCGAGGACAUCAUUGACUCGUGCCUUGCAGACAGCACAAAGGAGCGAUAUGAGUCAGGGCUUCGACAGAUUAUCAAAUGGAUACAUGUGACUGGUGGGACGCACCUGCUCAAAGACGACGGCACAGUCGACUUGCGGGUAUUUCAAUACGACAACUUUGUCCAGUUCAUUGUCUGGGUGUACCAACACACACCCGUCAAAGUCGGGACAAUGUCAGGGUACCGGGCGGCCCUUCGCUGGUACUGCAAGCUCGAGGAUGUUGCAAUGCCUGUGGAGUACGAGACCAAGCUCAAAACGAUUUUUACGGGUCUUCAACGUCUGACCGCAACGGACGCGCAGUCGUCGUCCCUGAAGGACUCAGGCAAACGACCCCUCGGUUUCAGCAUGUUCGAAGCACUGUGCACUGAAUCCCUCAAGAUCCUGGAUAGCGGCUUCGCGCACCUAUUUCUGGUGAUUUCGUGGAACCUGAUGGCGCGUUCCAAGUCUACAGAAACGAUUCAUCUCGACCACAUUUCGUUGGAAGAAGAUAUAUGCUAUGGGCGUCACUCUCCAGCCAUAUGGUCCUUCCUUGCCCUUGGCAUCUACUUUGCGUGUAACCCGACGAUGGCAACGGGUGCUCUAUUUCCGGGUGCAAGACAGCGCGACCGUUUUGGGAAGGCGCUCAAGGCGUUGGCCCAUGCGGUUCUUGGGAGCACAGCAAACGGCACGGUUGGCACCCAUUCCAUUCGAAAAGGUGCUACGACGUUCGUGUGCCCCGGCAGCACAAGUGGACCGUCGGUAAUCAGCGUCUGUAUUCGUUGUGGGUGGUCCUUAGGCAACGUUGUGGAGCGCGCUGGCUUCGCUCAACUGCCACCCCACUACGACGCCACCGACAGCGCCACCGUCACAAGUGCAGUGCGGUACAUGUUUCCGGGACUUUCCAAGAACGUGGCUCUACUCGGCGUUCUCAAGCUUGGGUUGGCAUCACUCGUGUUCCACGCCGACUACCUUCGCAGCACACUACCGGCCAGCCACGCUGUCUUGCACACGGCUAUAUUUCGUGACGACGAAUUGCGGGUAAAUCUACGGUCUCUUUUGCGAUCCAGCUCGGCGACGUUGGCACCGACAGGCCUUCCGCCCUAUGUUGAGUUAUACCGUCAGCUCGAAGCACAACAUGAGACAUUGAAGGCACUCUCGACCGAGGUUGUUGCUGGCGUCCGGGACAUCUGGGACGAAAAGGAGCUCUCGGCAAGUACAGUCACUCAAGCGUACAUCGACAGGCACUUUUCGACUAUCCUGGAGCGGCUUGGCGGCGGUGGAAACAGUGCUGACGUUGUACCGGCACAGCCCCCGCCACGACGCCGCGAACACAUGCUGUUUGCCUGGGGUGGCCGCCUACACAAGCUGCCGGAGCAUUUUUGUUUCCCAAGUGUUGACGUGGCUACGGCUUGGGCUUUGUGGUGGCUCUGCAAGGACAAUGAGAUCCCUUAUCGCACGAUUGACCCAAGCGACCUCUCAACGAAACUUCAAAAGCGCAUCUUGUCUGAAUGGCGUACCAAGGUAGCCGUCGUCGAAUCAUUUGACUGCGCUGUCCAUGCUCUGGACGCAGUCGUUGAUAAGAUCCUGAGCCAACGGCAAAGACGGUUCGGGCAGCUCAUGGUCGUCACCGUCGGUCCAAACUGCACCAGCAUCGCCAAGUACUGCUCGCAGUUCAUGACCUCGAUGCGGUUUAGCAUGCGGCACCUGUUGUCGUUCCCGAGCCACGAAGCUUCAGACGACCCAGCAGAAGCCAGCGAUUUCUUGUGGCCCACCGCCCAAGAGCCAUCGACCGCCCACCUAUCAACCCCAAUACAUACGUCCGAGAUCUCCACUGAGCGCAGGCAUAUCGCAACCUCGAACAUAAAGAACUCGCUCCGCAAGGCUUGCCUCGAGCCCGGGUGUAAUCGCGUGACUCGCUCCCGAGGCCUGUGCAAGCGCCACGGCGGCGGCAAGCCGUGUUGCAUCCACGGCUGUACGAAGGAGGCGCACAAUGGCGACUACUGCUUUGGCCACGGCGGGGGCAAGUGCUGCAAGAUCACCGACUGUGCCAACGCAGCCCAAUCCCAGGGCCUUUGCAAGGCCCACGGCGGGGGCGCCAGAUGCAAACAUGCCAACUGCGGCAAAAGCAGCCAAGGAGGAGGGUAUUGUCGGGCCCAUGGCGGCGGUAAGCGCUGCUUGGAGCCAGGGUGCAGCAAGGGGGCUCAGCGGGGGGACCGCUGCGCCAAGCACGGGGGGUGUCGGCUGUGUGCGGUGGAUGGCUGCGGCCGCACGGACCGGGGAGGGGGCGUGUGUGAGACCCAUCGACCGGAUAAAAUGUGCGUCGUUGACGGAUGUAAACGACUGGGCAAGACGCUCGGCAUGUGCACACUGCACAAUCGGCUCGCACGUGAGUAAUAGGAUCCUCGUCGUCAUGGGGGGAACAUGUUCUCUAUACAGUAAAGUUAAAGUCUAAUGCCAUCGCUUGAGUAAAGUCCAUGA